CUCCCACAAAAGAGACUACACACCAACCCAUACUCCUUAGAUUAUAGGAUACAGUUUUGAGUAAUUCUUUUUUUCAUUUCAUUAAAUAGAAAAAAUGUCAUCGUUGACAGCAGUGGUGAGCGUCGGACGUCCGGUGGCUAUCCGUCGUUAUACAACCACCACUCCAAAACCGACAGCAGCUCAAAUAUCAACCAGGAAGCAACCGGAGGAGCUAGGGUUUUUAUCUUCACAGUUGAGUGGUAUCAAGAUUUCGUACAGCCACUCUCAUCCUUCGUUGCAUCUCUCUGCUCCAUCCCGUCCCUGUCUACAGCCCGUUGCGCGCAGGGUGUGCCCCUUAUUGGGUAAGAAGGCCAACAAGGCGAAUAAGAUUUCACAUUCCAACCACAAGACAAAAAGAUUGCAAUUUGUGAACCUUCAGUACAAAAGAAUAUGGUGGGAGGCUGGGAAGCGCUUUGUUAAACUGCGCUUGUCAACGAAGGCUCUAAAGACAAUAGAGAAGAACGGGCUUGAUGCUGUUGCUAAGAAGGCUGGUAUCGAUCUUAGCAAACAAUAGAAUGGCAAUCACAUUCUUUGAAUGAAAUGCUGCUUAGUUUGGUAUUUGUAACUUUUAUAUUGAAUGCACUCAUGAAUCCGUUCUCCUAUCCAUGAAAAACUAGAACCAAGACAAUCAACAUGUCAACAUUUAGCCUGUAUCUCAUAAAUCAUUGAAUAUCAAGGCUCUGUUUGGAAGUUGGAACUAUGAAAGCGCUAGAGAAAUU